UCUACCCAAUAGUACCCUCUUGUGGGAAGUAUUUGCGUUAGAGAUUUUAUGCAGAAAAGUGUGUUGGUUUUUAGUGUCUUGUAAUGGUUAUAAGUGUGGUCGUUUAAUAAAUCUGUGUUACUGUAAUUUUCCGUACGGUUUUUAAUCGUUCUUACUAUUAUUCGUCACGUGUUUUCCGUGCGUAAAUUCAUUCCUGUCGAGUAGUGAUUUCCUCACGUGCGCAAUGGCGGCGGUAGCAGGAACAUCUUUCGAAACUGUGAUACCACGAAAAAAAUUCAAAGAACUUCCUAUAUAUAUCGCCGAAAAUCAUAAUGAGGUGUUGCCAUUCAUUUAUCGAUGCAUGGGAUCGAAACAUCUUCCCUUGGAAGGAAAUACCAUAAUACACCUUGACUCACAUCCUGACAUGCUUAUUCCUAAAGGUAUGCCAGCUGACACCGUCUGGGACAAGCAUGAGUUGUUCAGUCGGCUGAGUAUCGAAAACUGGAUGAUGCCUGCCGCCUAUGCAGGCCACUUCAGCAAUUUGGUGUGGAUCAAGCCGCCGUGGGCGAAACAGAUGAUGGACCGAGCUCACACCUUCCUCAUCGGCCGCCAUAGACUCUCCGGUGAAAUAAGGCUUUCCAGUACAGAAGCAUAUUUCCUGAGCGAGGCUCUGUACAGUUCACCUGCGGAACUCGACAAUAGCCGCCAAGUUAUCUUGCAAGUUGCAACAGUGGGGGCACACCUCUUUUCUCCUGACAAGAAAGAUGAUUUCCAGGAACUCGGAAAAAUGUUCCGCCAAUACAUAGCACGUGAGGGCGAUCCGUUUAUCUUAGAUAUUGACCUUGACUUCUUCAGUACCAGGAAUCCGUUCAGAGGGUUAUAUGAGAACGCUGACCUCUAUUCCCAUCUCCGGGAACUCUACAAUUUCCAGCGCCCGGCCAAUGAACAGGACCCAAAGUGCAUUCAGAAAGCAAUAGAGGAACGCGAGGCUCAGCUAUCAGAACUUGAGGCCAUAUUCGGACAUCUUCAGGAGCAUCGUGGGUUGCAGAACUACCAGGAUACCUCGUCACCACGGUUCCAGGCUGUGGCAUCUCUUGUCCAGGAGGUGGAGACCCACUAUCCUGGGGAUCAGGUGGACUGGACACUGGUACAUGAUGCCGGUUGCACCUGUGACGACACCGAGUUGCCUCAUCACGUGACAUCGAGGGACGACAUUCAACAGCUUAUAACCUCCUCGUUCACCGGACUUCUGUGCUCCCUGCCCGGGCCUCCGACCAUUGUCACCAUAUCAAGCUGUAAACAGCAGGUUGAGAAGAGGUCUAUGUGCGGUGCUACAUUGAAAUCGAGAUAAAAGAUCAACCGAACUGGUUUGUAAGAGACACCUCCUGUCCGAAGUACCAUGAUCUCGUGUUUCCAUGUAAUGCGGCUAUUAUUUAUGGCAGGCGAAGGACUGUACUUGUUGCAGUCAUAGCACACCUCCUGCGGACUGGACAUAAUAAAGUCCUGUUUCCAUAUCUUUCCUUUGAAAUAUCCUCAGACUCACAAAAGGAUGCGUCGGAAGUUAGCAGAAAUGCUUAUAAUCUCUCCAAAUCGAACACGAAAAAACGUAAUAGUGUGUCCUUACACGCACCAUUUAAACAUUCGCUGUUAUUUAUUUGAAAAUAUUUCGCAUGGUCGCCAUGUUAUUGCUAACAUCGACAGCUUUAACCGUUCCGGAAGUGAAAUUGUGCACAUUUCUUAGUAUAAUGAAUUAUUUUGUGCCUUGAGGAAUACGAUCAAAGAACCCUAGGAGCUGAAGCUACUAUUUUUCAACAGAAUACAAUUAUAAUUUGUGCGUCACUUGAGUAUUUUUGUUGUUUAAUUGCAGUCGUUUCCAUGUACCAUUACAGGAACUGAUACUGUAAAUUCUGGAGUGAAGUUGUUGUUUUGUGAGGCUUCUUGUCAUACAUAAAAUAUUUUAAAUAUUCUUUGUAGAAUUUCGCCAGUUAUUUUUACUAAAAUAUGCGUAUGAUCACCGUAUUUGAAUCAUUCAAAGCAGACAUUUAAAAAAAUUGUACUUCCUGUGUCAUGAUCUUCCGACUGAAAGCCUGUCAAUUCAGUAAAAAUAAGUUAUAUGGAAAACAGCACUGCAGUAAUACGCGUAGCUCUUCGUAUAGCAGAAAUUCUAAGACAUUAAUCUUCAAUACUCCCAUCAUCUUAACUUUAGUCCGAAAAUCUUAUGAGAAGACAUCUCUUGGAAUAUUUAGGUAUUGACGGGAGUAUAAUAUUAAAAUUGAUCUUGUGGUUGAGGAUUGCAUCUGUCUGGUUCAGAAUAGAGAUCAGUGGCGGACUGUUGUGAUCGUUCGGAUUCUAUAAGAUGCUAAGAAUUUCUUGAUUAGUUGAGCGACCUUUCGCUUCGCAAGAAGGACUCUGCUCCAUGGAGUUACAUAGCAAGAUUUUCAAAUGUAUAUAUAAAAGAAAGUGUUCAAAGAUAUUCUUAAGAAAGUUUUCGUUUGGUUCACAAGAUCGUCACACACCCCCACAGACUUGAUAUGCCUAUAAUUAAACCAAUUUUCCUUGAGAGCGAAUAGUAAAUAAAUCUAAUUUUAAAUUAGAUGUGCCGUGGUUUCGAAUGAAUGCAAGCAGAUACGGCUUCCAUGUGCUAAGGACGUCAGUCACUGAACGAGGCGUGGGUUCGUCGUUACGUUUGUUACCCUGGUACAGGCCUAUUAAGUCACAAGAUUGAUCUCAAGAUAUUAUUGUCGUGGUGCUAGGCGUGUAAGGAGUCAUAUGUUGUGACGAGUUGCAAUACCGUGCGACAUAUUCUGGAGGAAAGUGUCCAUUCUGUUUGUCAGCAUCGUCUGUUGUCACUAAAAUUUAGUUGGUCUUCCUCAGAAUAUACUGAUGAAUUUUGGGAUAGUAUCAUGAGAUACACUUCAGAUCCUUCCAAAUCCUUACCUACCGACCACUCAUGAUUAUCUUACCAUCUCAUUUGUCGCUAUGUUAGAUCUAAAAUCUGACAAAGUAAUGUAGUACUUAGAAGCGCAUGUCUAUUGGAAGGUGUAACAAAACAAUAUAUACGAAUUAAAACCAUUACUUAUUUCGGUUUAAUGACGGAAGCUGCGAGGCGUUAAUAUUUGGACAUUGUUCUGCUGCGUUUUGUAGAAAUUUGGGCACUGUAAAUACCAGUCUAUGGAUGAUUGAAGUCUUUUGUUUUAUUGCAUUGUUUUCACUAAGUACGACAUAAAAUUUAAAUUAAGUAUUGUUUAUGAUAAAUUAAAAUCAUUGCUUGUUUUUGCUUAAAUAAAGAGCAUA